AAGAGACCUAUCUCUCGACUCGAGUUAAACCCCGUUUCUCUCUCCUCCCUCUCUCUCUCCCUCCCUCCCUCUCUCUGCGGCGUAGAGUAGUAGCAGGGCUUCGCUCACCUCCCUCGUAUUCAUCUCCCUCCCCCACACGCGGCGUACGUUAGUCACCGCCGCCCCUAUCUCUCUCCAUCAACAGGUAUUCAUCAUUCACUCACUGCGAGAUCUGUCAAUUUGUGGCGGAUUUUUGAAAGAGGAGGAUAGAAAACCUAGGGUUUGAGUUUUGAUGCUUUGGCGGGGUUUUGAAUCUAGGGUUUGGUUCGGGCUCCGUGAUGGCCAAUCCCAGUGGGGUCGGGGCAAAGUUUAUGUCUGUGAAUCUGAACAAGUCUUACGGUCCUGUUUCCCAUAGUUCUUAUGGACAGGCGGUUGGCCGCACCCGGCCCGGCAGCGGAGGAGGAGGAGGAGGAGGUAGUGGAGGUGGAGGUGGAGGUGGAGGUGGAGGUGGCGGUGGCGGUGGAAUGGUGGUUCUAUCGCGCCCUAGACCUGCACAGAAGCCUGGGCCGAAGUUAUCUGUUCCACCCCCCUUGAACUUGCCAUCCUUGAGGAAAGAGCAUGAGAGGUUUGAUUCGUCCGGCCCAGGCAGCAGUGCGGGCGGGGGCGGCGGUUCGGGUACCGGUCCGAGGCCCAAUUCGUCAGGUCUGGGUUGGACCAAGCCGGGCACCGUUGCUUUGCAAGAGAAGGAAGGUAAUGUUACUCAGGCAGUGGUGGAUGGUAUUGUUAAUCAAACUGCUUCUGUGACUAAAUUGAGCACUGGGUAUGUGCCACCUUCAGCUCGGUUGGGAGCGGUUGUGGUCCCACAUUCUGUAUCGGCUCCAUUAGCUGAGAAAACCUCAGUUUUGAGGGGUGAGGAUUUUCCGUCUCUAAAGGCAGCUUUACCUAGUAGUUCAUCUGGGGGAGUGCAGAAACAAAAGGAUGGUUUGCAUCACAAACAAAAGCAUUUUACCGGUGAGGCGUCCGCUGAACAGACAAACAGUUCUUCCAAUGCACUAGUUCACAUGCGCCCGCACGGGCAAUCUCUCCAUGAUACAACUGCCAAUGGUUCGAAUGAGAGUGGUGGUGAGAGUCAUGGAUUGGGGAGUUCACAAAUGGAAAAGCAGCAAGCCAGAAAGCAGGAGUAUUUUCCUGGCCCGCUUCCGUUAGUUAUGCUGAAUCCAAGAUCUGAUUGGGCAGAUGAUGAGCGUGAUACAGGUCGCGGGUUUGCGGACCGAGUUAGAGAUCAUGGAUUUUCCAAGAAUGAAGCUUAUUGGGACAGAGAGUUUGAAUUGCCCAGGAACAGUGUUUUACCACACAAACCGGUUCACAGUCUAUUUGAAAGGAGAGGUAAGCUUGAGGAUGACAGUGGGAAGGUUCAUUCAGUUGAAAUCCCUAAAGUUGACCCUUACCGGAGGGAUGUAAGAACAACUAGUAGGGAAGGUAACUCGUGGAGAACUCCUCCUACUCUUCCCAAAGAUGGAUUAAAUGCUCAAGAACUUGCGAUCGGUAGAAAUGGUAAUGUUGUGGGGCCGGUGGUUGUUAAUAGAGAAAUAGCAAAGGAGAAUAGUAAGUACAUACCUCCACAGUUUGGGGACAAUUCCCGUGACAGUCCCACUGGAAAUAGGGAGCCUGCAUUUGGAAGGAGGGAUAUGGGGCAUGGAAAUGAAGGAAGACAUCAGUGGAAUAACAUGGCAGAAUCAUCUAUCAGCCGUGGGAUUGAGCGCAGUACGCAAGAACGAUAUGUCAGUGAACAGUCCAAUAGAUACAGAGGUGGUGUUCCCCAGGAUGGUGCAGCUUCAAAAUCUUCAUUUCCUUCUGGUGGUAAAAGGGUUCCUAUGAAUGAUCCAAAACUCAACUUUGGCCGGGAAAAGCAUGCUUUUUUGAAGAGUGAAAGGAAUUAUGUAGACGAGCCUUUUGCAAAAGACUUUGGCACUACAAGCUUUGACGAACACGAUCCUUUUUCUGGAGGCAUUGUUGGUGUAAUUAAAAGGAAAAAGGAUGUGGUUAAACAUUCUGAUUUCCACGAUCCUGUUAGGGAAUCUUUUGAGGCUGAACUUGAGAGAGUUCAGAAAAUGCAAGAGCAGGAGCGUCAGCGGAUUAUUGAAGAACAGGAAAGGGCUAUGGAGCAAGCGCGGAGAGAAGAGGAGGAGAGGCGGCGGCUGAUUAGGGAAGAGGAAGAACGAAGGAGGAGGCUUGAGGAAGAAGCCAGAGAAGCUGCUUGGAGGGCGGAACAGGAGAGGGUAGAAGCUAUUCGAAUAGCUGACGAGCAGAAGAUUGCCAGAGAAGAGGAGAAACAGAGGAUGCUUAUGGAGGAAGAGAGGAGGAAACAGGCUGCAAAGCAAAAGCUUUUGGAAUUGGAGGCUAAAAUUGCCAUGAGGCAGACUGAAGCACCAAAGGUUGUAAAUGAAAGCACUGUUUCCAAGGCCCUGGAUUUUGAUAACUGGGAAGAUAGUGAGAGAAUGGUGGAAAGGAUAACUACGUCAGGGUCUUCUGAUUCAUCUGGUUUGAACAGGCCUUUUGAAAUGGGCCCUAGAUCUAAACCAUAUAGAGAAGGUUCUUCUAGCUUUUUGGACAGAGGAAAAGCUGCUAACUCAUGGAGAAGGGAUGUGUUUGAGGAUGGCAACAACUCAUCAUCAUUCCUAAUGCAAAACCAGGAUAAUGGUGGGAAUGCAGGCGUGAGGAAAGAAUACUAUGGGGGAGGUGGCAGCUAUUUGUCCUCUAGGGCUUAUCCUAGAGGAGGGAUGCAAGAAUUUCAUGCAGAUGAUUUCGCUCCUCCAAAAGGUCACAGGUUGAGUGCUUCUGGGGAUGGAGGAGACCCUUUUGGCAGAAACUUAGAGAUUGGUCCUGAAUUUCAUGACAAUGCUGGUGAAAAGUAUAGUGAUGUGGGUUGGGGACAGGGCCAGGGCCAGGGCCGUUCCCGUGGUUAUCCGCGUUCACCUUAUUCCGAAGGAGAUGAACUUUAUUCUUAUGGGAGGUCACGGUAUUCCAUGAGACAACCACGUGUCCUACCGCCUCCAUCACUGGCAUCUAUGUACAAAACUUCUUUCAGAGGAGAGAAUGAGAGUCCUGGUCCCUCAGCUUUUGUAGAUAACAACAUGCACUAUGGUCAUGGAUCAAGAACUGAAACUACCAUUGUUGUCCAGCUGGAGAGUACUCUGACUCAGGAGCAAAAUUUGGAGAAUUCAACCACUCCAAGAUGUGACUCGCAAUCCUCACUCUCUGUUUCUAGUCCCCCUAGUUCUCCUACUCAUCUCUCCCAUGACGAUUUGGAUGAAUGUGGGGAGGCUUCUGCUAUUACAGAAGGAAAAGAGAUGCCUUUGUCUGGGAAUGAAUCUGUUGUCCUAAAUGACAACUGCGGGAACGAGUAUAUCUCUGGCGGUGAUGAUGAAGAUUGGGCUCUUGAUAACGAUGAAGAGUUUCAAGAGCAAGAGGAAUACGACGAGGAUGAAGACGGCUACGAGGAAGAAGAUGAGGUGCACGAAGGAGACGACGAGCGUGUCGACCUGACUCAAGAAUUUGAAGAUUUGGGUAUAGAGGAUAAAAGCUCAUCUCGUAUGAUGGAGAACUUGGUCUUGGGAUUUGACGAGGGGGUUGAAGUAGGAAUACCACCUGGUGAUGAGUUUGAAAGAAGCUCUAGGAACGAAGAGAGUGCAUUUGGGUUGCCAGAGGUCUCUGUCGGUAACGUAGAUCAGAAGCGACCACCCGUUGAUGGGAUUCCAGACAAUGCAAAGGCAAUCCAGGAUUCUGGUCUGCCACCAGUGUCUGAUCUGUUGGAUGGUCUGCAUGGUUCUAAUAUUUCCGGUGUAUGUGCUCAGAAUGUAGUGACGUCUUCUGUUAACACGGCAUUGCAUUCGUCUGAUCUACCUGUUAAACUUCAGUUUGGGUUGUUUUCUGGGCCUUCUUUGAUACCUUCACCAGUUCCAGCUAUUCAGAUAGGUUCCAUACAGAUGCCUCUCCACCUACACCCCCCUGUGGGUCCCUCCCUUGGUCAUAUGCACCCGUCACAGCCUCCACUCUUCCAGUUUGGUCAGCUCAGGUACACAUCUUCUAUUUCCCAGGGAAUCUUGCCAGUGGCUCCUCAAUCAGUCUCUUUUAUUCCGUCCAAUGUUCAGGCCCAUUAUAAUUUGAAUCAAAGCUUAGGAGCCCCCCUGCCUAUUCAACCCGGUCAAGAGAAUUCUACCCAUAAUAUGGUCAAAGAUGGGGUCCAAUCUGUUUCAAUGGACCGGGAACGUACAGAAACCAAUGGUCCGAUUCAUAAGAACCAAGCUGAGAUUUCCAAUCCAGGUGAGAACAAGGUUAUCCCAAAACGAGGUUUCCCUGGUGUAGAUAAAGGACACCAAGAUGCAGUGUUAAAAAGUUUCAUACCUUCGUCAAACGGGUCGGUAUCAGAAGGCCACUUGCCAAGUGAACAAGAUUCUAAAGGGUCAAAGGCUGAAGGUCCACAAUUCGGUAACAAGGGGAGAAAUUAUGCUUACUCAGGUAGAAAUUCUGGUCCUAGAUCAUCUUUUGUGGUUUCUGAGGGUUCUCGUGGUUUUCAAAGGAGGCCUCGAUGGCCCACCCAACGAACUGAGUUUCGAGUUAGGGAAAAUGUUGAUAGGAGGCAUUCACAAGGUUUACUUUCUUCUAGCAAACCAGGACAAGAUGAUAAGUCAAGCAUCGAAAUGAGGAAUACAGGGAAUUUCGGAAAUAGUGGGUCUAAGAAAGGGUUGGUGGUUAGUAGUAAUAAACCAUUAAAGCAUAUAAUUGAACCUGAAGGUUCAACCUCAGAUCCAGUUGGUUCUAAAGGGACUGAUUCUGAGGCCAGACUUGAUAGGAGAAUGGAAAAAGAAGAAGCAUCAACCAGGACUCACAGCAUCACGCGUGGCACUGGAGAAGGAAACCUGAAAAGGAACAUAUCUUCAGAAGAGGAUGUCGAUGCUCCCUUGCAGAGUGGCAUAGUGCGUGUUUUUAAACAACCUGGAAUAGAAGCUCCUAGUGAUGGGGAUGACUUCAUUGAGGUGAGGUCAAAGAGGCAAAUGCUGAAUGAUCGACGUGAGCAGAGGGAAAAAGAAAAUAAGGCAAAGUCUCGUGUCACAAAGGCUCCUCGCAAACCUCGAUCUGCACAAAAUGCUGUGGGCUCAAUGAGCUCAAGUAAAAUUUCUGUGUCGUUGGGUGGAGAAGCACCAAAUAAUAUUCACUCAAAUUUUGUUGCAUCAGCGGGGCGGGGCCUAUUGAACAUGGAAGCAUCCACAGGAUUUGCCACUAUUGUGUCCCAACCAUUGCCUCCAAUUGGCACCCCUGUUGCUUUGAAUUCUGACAUGCAGGCUGAUAAAAGGCCACAUAAUAUCAAGUCCCUUCAAACAGGCUCUGCAUCAGGUAUUACUAGUGCUGGGAAAAACCUUGGGCCAAGCCUGACAUUUGAGACCAAGAACAAAAUUCUUGAUAAUGUUCAAUCAUCUAUGGGUUCUUGGGAUAAUGUACAGAUUAAUCAACAGGUUAUGGCUUUAACACAGACCCAACUUGACGAGGCUAUGAAGCCUGGUAGAUUUGACACGUAUGCAGCAUCAAUUGGAGAUCAUACUAUGUCAAAUGCUGAACCUAUCAUGCCAUCGGCAUCCAUCUUGACAAAGGACAAAUCAUUUACUUCCGCAGCAAACCCAAUCAACUCCCUCCUAGCUGGAGAGAAAAUUCAAUUCGGUGCAGUUACAUCUCCCACAGUCCUUCCCCCUGGUGGUUGUACUAUUUCACACGGGAUUGGGGCUCCCGGUUCCAGUCGGUCUGACAUCAAAAUCUCACAAACUCUUUCCACAACUGAGAAUGACUGUACUCUGUUUUUUGAAAAGGACAAGCGCCAGAACAAGUCUUGUGUGGAUUUAGAAGAUUGUGAGGCUGAAGCUGAAGCAGCUGCUUCUGCUGUUGCUGUUGCAGCAAUCAGCAGCGAUGAGAUUGUUGGUAAUGGGCUGGGUACUUGUUCAGUUUCUGUCUCAGAUUCCAAAAGCUUCGCUGGUGCAGAUAUUGAUCGGAUUGGCGGAGGUGAUCAGCAAUUAGCAGCUCAAUCAAGAGCUGAGGAGUCUCUGAGUGUAGCACUUCCGGCAGAUCUCUCUGUCGAUACUCCUUCAAUCUCAUUGUGGCCUCCUUUACCAAGCCCCCAGAAUGCUUCAAGCCAGAUGCUCUCUCAUUUCCCUGGAGGCCCGCCUUCCCAUUUUCCAUUCUAUGAGAUGAACCCAAUGUUGGGUGGCCCUAUCUUUGCUUUUGGCCCGCACGAUGACUCUGCCGGGACGCAGUCACAGAAUCAAAAGAGUACUGCAUCAGCUUCUGGGCCCCUUGGUAGCUGGCAACAAUGCCAUUCUGGUGUUGACUCGUUCUAUGGUCCUCCGGCAGGGUUCACUGGUCCCUACAUUAGUCCACCUGGAGGUAUUCCAGGGGUCCAAUGCCCUCCGCACAUGGUGGUCUAUAAUCAUUUUCCAGUUGGACAAUUUGGUCAGGUUGGUUUGAGUUUCAUGGGUGCAACAUACAUACCCUCUGGGAAGCAACCUGAUUGGAAGCACAAUCCAACAUCAUCCGCAAUGGGUUCUGGUGAGGGGGAUAUGAAUAAUAAUAUGAACAUGGUUUCUGCUCAGAGAAGUCCUCUCAACAUGCCUUCUGCUGUCCAGCAUCUUUCCCCAGGGUCACCCCUUCUGCCCAUGGCAUCUCCUUUUGCCAUGUUCGACGUGUCUCCAUUCCAGUCUGCCCCCGAAAUGUCAGUCCAAGGACGAUGGUCCCAUGUUCCUGCACCAUCCCUCCACUCUGUUCCUCUAUCACACCCAUUACUGCAACCGGAAGCAGGUGUGCUACUGCCUUCCCAGUUUAGCCAUUCCCACCAAUCAUUAACUGCCAACAGGUUCUCCGAAUCACGAACUUCUACCCCAUCCGAUGGCAGUCGGAGUUUCCCAGUGGCACCUGAUUCAGCAGCUGCCCAAUUUCCUGACGAACGAGGGUUACUAGACUCGUCAAGCUCCACCAGUGGUGGAGGUAUCAAAAAGAGCUCUUCUGGAAGCACUUUUGCAGAAGUCAGCCAAACUGACUCUCUUCCGAAUGUUAACAAUAGUGGGCACAACGCAAAUGCGUUCAAGAAUCAUUCUACAGGUUACAAUUAUCAGAGAGGAGGUGGGGUUGUGUCUCAGAAGAACGGUUCAGGGAGUGAAUGGUCACAGCACCGUAGAAUGGGGUUCCAUGGGCGGAAUCAGUCUCUGGGUGCCGAAAAGAGUUUUCCCCCCUCUUCGAAGAUGAAGCAAAUUUAUGUGGCCAAACAGACUACAAGUGGUAAUUCUUCUGCAGUGUGAUGAGUGAUGAAAAUAUUGCUUCUCAGGUCUCACCGAGCCAAAAGGGCUAUGAUGAAAUCGUUUCCAUAUCAUCGAAUGCUUUGGUUAGUGUUUUUGGCCGCAUCUUUUGCACUUUUCUUUGUUUUUUUUUUUUCACCAAUAUUUUUGGGUAUGCUCGUUUAUGAACAACAUUGUAGUACUGAAGCUGGUGAUGGCCUUUUUGAAUGGCUCUCAAGUGUUUAGUAAAGAAGCUAAUGGUGUGGGGCAUGCUCUUUAGGAUGAGUGCUACCAGGUUAGUGAAAUAUACAUGGUGUGGGAUGGAGGCCUUGUGUAUUGUCUUUUUUUUAUGUGCUCUUUUGCUCACCAUCCAAUUAUUCUCUUCAGUUGUUUUGAGGACCAACAUGUAAUUUUUCAUGUUUAGUAAUGAUAAAUGUGGGGAAUGCUCGUGUCCUCUAGUUAUUUCCACCCUUU